GGCACUGAAGCCGUCCAGGGAGGAACCACGUAACAGUGUAACGAAAGAGAUCUGUUUAAGCUCGUAGCCUGGGCAUGGUUAUUUCAUAAAACUAGUGUAAAUCUCUCCCGUCACUAACUACAGGUUGAUAAUAACAUGCAUAAAUAUUGCACCGCUCCAAACUGCAACAACAGUGCGGGACAAACGGGUUCUGACAAGAAAAUCAGUUUUUACAAGUAUCCACUGCAUGAGCCAGAUCGCCUGAAGAGAUGGCUGACCAACAUGAAGAGGGAGAGCUGGACCCCCUCCAAGCACCAGCACCUCUGUAAUGAACACUUCACCCCGAGCUGCUUCGACCAACGCUGGGGCAUCCGGUACCUGACCAGCGAUGCCGUGCCCACUGUCUUUGACGUGUCUGAUUGCCACGCGUUUUUCCCCCAGAAAAGGAAAUCAAGUUGCGUGCAACGACCGAGCAACCCGGACAAAAGGCCAAAAACAUCCAGCAAGACCGAGUCCCCAGUGGUCUCUGCGGUAAAGACAGCUCUCGUUCCCAGGCAUUUGGAAGCGAACAAGCCCAACACUGUGCAAGUUUACACUAUGGGGAUAGACCACAGCAUGUCUGCUCAGCCUGUGCUGGUGGAGGCUGUCCGUUUAGCUCAGUGCCUCCCUUCAGGUUGUGUGCCAUUAGCUGUGCGACAAGAAGGGGAACCCUUGACGCUUUUUCAAAGACUGCCCAUAUUGAGCAGCCAAGUGGAUUCUGACCAAUCGGAGACAGUAAUCAUUUCAGAACCUUCCCUCCCUGACGCUGACAGUUCGGCAGAGGUCACAGAAGUUUCCGGUUUCCUCCCGGAGAUGCAAGAAGUGAUUCUAAGCUCGGAAGGGCCCUGCACGGCGCCCCCUGCAAUUCAGGGUGAGCCUCUCGUCAUUGAAAAUGUGUCCAUCGAUACCGUAGUGGAGCCGUCUCCCAGUCUCCCAGAAGAGGAGGGGUCCGCCCUGAAGGUUAUUGCCUACUUCGAGACCAUUCCCAACACCACCAUUGUUGCAUCUCGGCUGCCCUGCUACCCAACCCCCAGCCCCACAGCCCUGAACACUGUGCUAUCAUCCACGCUGACCCUCCCGAUCGUCUCCACCCUGCCUAUCGUGUCCAAUCAGAGCACGCCUCCACGCUCCCUGGUGAUGACUGUGGAGAAAGGGGAUGGCUGUGACAUGGAGGACACGCCCACUGGGAGGCGGCUGGAAGAACACAGGUAUCACAAGAACACCCAGAGGACAGAGCAGCUGGAGGCUGUCAUUGUGGGACUCCAGAAGAAAGUGAAGAUCUUGCGGCAGUGCCAUCGCAGGCACUUGGAGAAACUAAUUGCCAUGGACACCUUGGUCCAGCAACUCAAGAAGGAGAACCUUGUGUCUGAGGAGAAACUCAGGCUGCUAGAGAUGGCCUACCUUCAGACGAGCGCUGUGAAGUCGGAACCGGGAGAGGCGGUGGCGAUUGUCUGUGAGAAGGACAGCGACACAUACCUGUACUCUGUCCAGCGGUCCGGAGAAAACCAGCAGGGUCCGAUCAAGGUUUCCGGAGAGCAGUAACGCACCAGAGCGACCAGUUGACGGAGAAUAACGAAAACAAAAAAGGACAUUGUUUUUUUGGGAUCGUGUUUCCAUUAAAAAGCAAAAAAAUGGCAAUGGGUAUCACUUGAAAUCAAUAUAGCAGAUGAGGGCCGGCCCGAAUAGGAAAAGGGUUUAAGAAUAAGUAAAUAAAAAAAAAAAAAAAACACAGAUGGAGUGGUUCCACAUGCUGUUGGCUGCUGCAUAACAUCAUAAAGUUUAUUUUGGGGUGUGUUUAGUAAAAUUGUUAUAAGGGAAUGCAAAAACAUUUAUCAACUUAUAGAAGCAAAAUGUUUUCAUUAUUUAUUUUGGCACUGGAUUAUUAUUAUUAUUAUUUAUUAUUAUUAUUAUUAUUUAACUUAUGAGCACAUAAGAGAUUCUGUUGGUCAAAAGUUUGAAUUGUGGGUUACUAACUGGAAGUGUGUUGUUGCCUAGCAACACAUAUUUGAACAAAUAGAUGUUAGGAAGCUGAAAUAUACAAAAUAGAAAACAAGAUAUUUUUAGGUAAAUAAUUUAAUUUAGGUCGUUUUUUGGGGGGUGGAGGGGCGUGAUAACCAGGGUUGGGUCUUUUUAAUCAAUUCCAACACAUUGAUCAAAAUUGCAAGUAGCAGCGUUCUAUAAAAAUGAGCUCCUCACUGCGGCAACAAUACAAAAAAAAAAAAAAAAAAAAUUGGUUAGUUAAUUAAUUGCCUUCAAAUGAAUGCGACUGUAAAAUAUAAAUUGAAGAAAUUGGAAUUGGGAAUUGAUUUUGAAAAGGUAAUGGAAUAGAAACUGAAAACCAGGAAUUGCCCCUGCUGAUAACAGUAGAAAUGUACAUAACUGUAUGCACUCGGGGUAAAAAGGGUUAGGCUAAUUAUCUUUGUUAUUAAUUGCCAUUUUGUGGGUUUCCUGGAAGAGGUGUUCAUAUUGUUUUGUCAGUGUUUUCAGUGCAGCUUCUCAAUCGCCACUGAAGCCACAGGAACAAAUGUUAAGGCACAGACCUUCAGCCAGUGUUGUAGAACACACCUCCUGUCAGCAGAAAAUAUUAAAAAGAGUCUAUGCAACUGCAUUGUCGUCCUUUCUUUCUUUAAUUUCUUUCUUUCUUUUUUUAUUGCUGCCGCUGUUGCGAUUUCCAAUUCCAAACGCUGUUUAGAGUUUUGAUUUGUAUUUUAAUACAGCUUAAAUCUUUUCAAGGCUCCAGUAAGACUUAACCUUUUUUGCUUUCCAACGUCAUUGGUUUGGUGUCAAGCCAUAAAGAAAGAAUCAUUUAAUGUUAACCCUUGCAUAGCCAGAAGUUGGCCCUUCCGCUCUCUGGUCUUUGUGCAAAAACUGUUUGAUUUAACAGGCUGAAUCUGCAUCUGGGUGCGCUUUGAUUGGAAAUAACCAUU